ACGAAGUUACAAGAGUAUUGGGGUGCUACUGUCAAUUUUAGACUUAAAAAGAUUAGAGAGGCUAAAGAAACAAACGAAAUAAUAAAUGAAUGGGCUAGUUAUAGAUUACCCCUUGGAUAUAAACUCGUGGAUAUUGACUUUAAACAACUUAUCAAAUAUAAUAGUAUGAUGGUCGAUUCAUUUGAUGAUUCUUACCAAGAUAUUAUGAAUAUUAUAGAAAAACACAAUAAAGACCGAGAUAGCAAAAUACUUGUAGAACAGCUUUCUCAAAGAUCAGACAUUUGUCAAAGUGGAAAAAAUACAGCAUUCUUCUAUCUAUUAAGCUCGCUUUUCGUGCCAACGUCGAGAAAAGUGACGAGAGAUGAAAAUGGAAAAAAAAAUAUCAUUAAAUAUUCUAUAAAGGACUCUCAAAAUUCAUUAAUUAGUUUCCACGAGACAGUUGACCAAGCUGAAGCUUAUAUCGCAUUACUACAAAGUAGAAAUCAGCCAAUACAACCAUUCAUUUUAAUUAUUGGCACGAUUUUAAAACCACGAGAUAUAUUAUUAUAUUUUGAUGCCAUCAAAAUACCCACUUCCAUCAUGCGCUGUCUGGACAUUUAUUCAACAAUAUUACUACAAAUUAUUUUUAAAGAACGACUACUCCCAUCAAACAGUAAAACAAGUGCUACAUGAUCUCAACAAAAUAGUAAAAUAAUAUUAUUAUAUUAAUAUUAUAUUGAAAAAUCCUUUUAUUUUUUCACUUUAUAUUUUUCUUCUUUUCAUUUGUAUUAAUUAUUUGUAAAUUAUUAAUUUUUAUUUGAUUAUUUAAAAUUAAUUUUACAUCCAAUGUAUAAAGUUUAUACUAUAAACAGAUUGUAAGCUUUCUUAAAAUUCAUUAAAAAUAAAAGGUGAUAAAUACGCCGUUUCAGUUUAUAUUCCAUAUGUCUAUUUAAAUACACAUGUGUAAAGGUUUUAUUUAUAAUUUACUAUUGAAAAAUUAAAAGUUGUUCAUUAAAUUAUUUUUAAUAUUAUAAAUACUACACAAUAUAUAUAUUAAAUAACGUGUUUAUUUAAGUAAAUUAUUACCAUAAUUAAGAUUAAAUUUAUAAUUUAAUAUGGGAUUU